CCGAAUUUCAUGAUCCUCAAGUUCCUCGAACGUAAUUUCUUGAUCAUGACCGACGACUGUAACAUGCAGACAGUCAAUUCAAACGUGAAUUUCUCCACGGCGGUUACAGACGUAAUCGGUGCAUUACAGAACAUGAUCGCAGACCUCGGAAACUCCACAGCCACCAUCCCAAGUCGUAACCAUGCACUAUUCACGCUUAAAGGCCGAAGCCUUAACGCCAUCCUCACUGAACGCCAGCAGCAGUUGGAUACACUGAAAACAGUUAUGGAGAGUAUCCAAAACAUUCACGCACAACUCGUCGAAGAGAAGGACAAAGUCAUCGAGUCCAUCAAUUUGCACGAAAGACUCGAAUCGUCGGCUCUAUGGCGCUUGCCGACUGAAAUCCUAUCCCACAUUUUCGUUUACUGUCUCCCAGAAGACGAGUAUUUGUCGCCUGCGUCAAGGCUGGGUCCCAUCCUGUUGACAAGAAUAUGCCGACGAUGGAGGGAAGUUGUUGUGAGCAUGUCCAGGUUAUGGUGCAGGCUGCGGUUGGAAGUCCAGCACGAUGACUGGCAACAAAGAGCUUUCUGCUAUGAGGCAUGGCUCAAGCGAACCUCAGGCCAACCACUCUCGCUGGCACUCCACUUCUACGGUAACGGGACACGACAAGCACAAACCCUUCUUCAGCCUCAUAUUCAUCAAAUUACUUCUCUCUAUAUCGAUUUUCACGGAGUGGACGAACCUGGAUUUUCAUUCAAAUUUUUCCCAGCACUUCAGGAAUUAAGCAUUGUGGGUCAUACCGCAGCUAUCGCACAACCCAUCUCGCAACUGCCGUCCAUGUUGACCAGUCUCAAGUUUCCAGGGAUGUGGUGGUUUGACCUCGAGUUGCUGGCUUCUUUCGCUCCCGUGUGGGCCCAACUGACAGAAGUCGAGAUCUACGUAGAUAAACAAGAUGCAUUCAUCCGUCUGCUCCAGCUAUGUCCCAACCUCUCCUCGUUAAAGACCGGCAUAGUAGUCUCCCAGGUACAGCCCUUGGAGCCAUUCACGCACCCCACACUCGAAUCCUUGCACGUCUGUGGCAGGGCUUGGAUAUUUGGUAACCCACUAUCCGGCGUAUUCAAUACUCUCUCACUCCCCAAUCUGCGCGUACUUGAUGUUUGGAAUACAUCAAUGUGGCCCCAUGAAGAGUUCAAGGGAUUUCUGGCACAGUCAGAGCGUUCCCUGGAGAACCUGAAUUUCGGCGCUGUAGCGAUUACCACAGAGGAGCAACGAGCGGAAUAUGUUGCACUUAUGCCUUUCCUCAAAGUAGUAGUAGAUCCCUGACCUUGUAUAGCGAUUGUGCAUAAGAUUGGCUACCCUACGAGUACUGGUACUACAUGCCAUAGAUCAGCCUCCUGAUAUACUUCCCUUCGCAGCUUCAACUACUUAUGUCAGGUAUUUUGCGAUUUGUCCCCUCUUAUGUAUUUCGAUCCCAAGUAGGUGAUUUCAGUUUGAUGCACUGUACGAUGAUAGACGCCUGUAUGACUUGUGUCGUGUCGUGAUUGAAUAGUACUGUCUUCUUCUAA